AUGGCAGUUUCACGCAGCUGGCUGUUAGGGCUUAUCAUAGCUCUGCUUUGCACUGGAGCACAGGCCCAAGAAAGGCUCCAAAGUGAGGAAGCCGAGGAGCUGGGAGGUCUGGAGACUACUGGAGGUGAGAAAGAGGAGGUGGAUGAUGAGGAGGAAGGUGGAAACGCAUCGGAAGAAGCAGCUGAUGGCACAGGAGGAGAUGGGGAAGAAGAGAGAGCUCCUGAGGAAGAGGCGUCUGAAGUGGAGGAAGCUGAGGAAGAUGAUGAGAUAGGAGUAGAGGAAGAACAAGAAGCUGCAGAGGAAGAUAAUGAGACUGGAGGAGUAGAUGAACAAGAAGAAGCAGAGGAAGGUGAGAGAGAAGUAGUGGAAGAUGAUGAGACAGGAGGUGUAGAAGAUGAACAAGAAGCUGCUGAGGAAGAUGAGAGAGGAGGAGAAGAUGAUGAGACGGGAGGAGUAGAAGAUGAAGAGGAGGAAGAAGCAGAUGAAGAGGAAGAAGCAGACGAAGAGGAGGAAGAAGCAGACGAAGAGGAGGAAGAAGCAGAUGAAGAGGAAGAAGCAGACGAAGAGGAGGAAGAAGGAGACGAAGAGGAGGAAGAAGCAGACGAAGAGGAGGAAGAAGCAGAUGAAGAGGAGGAAGAAGCAGAUGAAGAGGUGGAAGAAGCAGAUGAAGAGGAGGAAGAAACAGAUGAAGAGGAGGAAGAAGCAGAUGAAGAAGAAGCAGAAGAGGAGGAGGAGGAGCAGAUGGAGGUGGAUGUAGAAAGAUUAGCAGAAGAUGAGAAAUCAGCACAACAGACAGCAGAGGAAGAAGAGGAAGAGACAGAAGAGGAAACAAUAGCUGCUGAUGAAGAUGAAGAGACUGUAGUUGAGGAUGAAGGUAAUACUGAAUUAGCCUUUACAGAGAAUCAAUGUCAUGUGCUCUAACAUACA